CAAAUAUGCUUCAGUAGUGAAAAAUUUAAGAUAAGAUAAUCAUCCUUAAAUUACAAAUCAAACUAAUUAAUUCACUACAAUUAUUACCAUGUAAGUGAAUAAUAAAUAACCUUAAACAUGAAUAGAUGAUAUUCAAUUCAUAUAAAUCCAGUUAAAAUAGAUAAAAUUUAUUCCCUACAGCUUAAUAAGUUUAAUAAGCAACAAUCACAAACAAUCAAAAAUCAGUGUCAUUUAUUAGUCAAGUUCAUACCUUGAAUAAAAACCAUCAUAAACAUGAUCUUCCAAAAUUAUGAAUUUAACGCAAG